AUGACCGGCCCGUCCAUUCAAGAUCGUACCGGCGAGUUCCACGCCAUUCUGGGUCAAGCCCAGAAGCGCAUGGCCGCCAACAAAGCUAGCGCACAGCGCCAGGCUCUUCUGACAGAUGCGCAGCGGAAACAAGCAAACGGUUCCGCAGACGGGCAGGGUGGCAAACGAAGGUCGGAGUUUGCCCGGAGAGCUGUGGAAAUUGGACGAGGGAUUACGGCGACAACUGCUAAGCUGCAGAGACUGGCCGAGUUGGCCAAGCGAAAGACGCUCUUUGACGACAGACCGGUUGAGAUCUCCGAGUUGACGUUUGUGAUCAAGCAAGAUCUCGCCUCGUUGAAUCAGCAAAUCGCCUCGUUGCAAGCGCUUACUCUUUCACAACACCCCAAGAGCAAUCGGUCGAAGGCGGACCAGGAAGGAGAGCACAACGACAAUGUGGUUGUCAUGCUACAAGGAAAAUUGGCGGAUGUAGGAGCAAACUUCAAAGAUGUGCUUGAAGUGCGAACGAAGAACAUCCAGGCCUCGCGAUCAAGAACCGAAAACUUUGUCUCCUCGGUAUCCUCAAAGACACAUUCCGCCCUCGAUACGCAGCGCUCUGAUUCCCCGCUCUACAAUACAUCCGGGCGGCGGACGCCUCAGCCGGGCGGUGCUUCCGAUCUACUGACUCUGGAACCUUCGAACCCAUCUCCGCUCGGCCGCCCCUCUAUGCACUCAGAUCAGCAACUAUUGGUCAUGGAGGAAGCCCAGACGAGCAACGCCUAUAUCCAAGGCCGUGGUGAGGCAAUUGAUGCGAUUGAACGCACCAUCAGCGAGUUGGGUGGUAUUUUCGGUCAGCUUGCGCAGAUGGUCAGCGAGCAGUCCGACAUGAUCCAGCGGAUAGACGCUAACACGGAAGAUGUUGUCGAUAAUGUGCAAGGAGCACAUCGCGAGUUACUGAAGUACUGGACGCGGGUAUCCGGGAACCGGUGGCUCAUCGCCAAGAUGUUUGGCGUCCUAAUGAUCUUCUUCCUACUCUGGGUGUUGAUAUCGGGAUAG